CUUUGUUACAAGAACUAAAGAACUAAACAGAGAAUUUUUUUUUCAUUAAGUCUUCUUCUCGUGAUCGAGACGUGAUCUGGUUACCGAUGGGAACACAUUUGAAUGCAAACAGCAAAGGCGUUGUAGGACAAAUGUAGAUAAGACUUGAAAACAAAGUGCAGUCAGAUUCAUACAGAACACCAAAGAAAAUAGGUGCACUAUGAGGAUUAUUGCAGUUCUCGCUUUUAUUUCUACACUUCAAAUAUCAUUAGCUGGAGACUCAAUCGUAAAAUUGAAAGACAAUGGUUAUGAAGACAUUGUGAUUGCCAUUAACCCGAAGAUACCUGAAGAUGUUAGGAUGAUUGAGAAAAUAAAGGAAAUGGUGAAUGAUGCCUCUGUUUAUAUGUUACAAGCUACAAAACAAAGACUUUUCAUUAAAAGUGUCAAAGUGUUAAUCCCGAAGAGUUGGUCAACGAACAUUUCUUAUGAAAGACCAAAAACAGAGUCAUAUGAUAAGGCGGAUAUUAUCAUAGCUGAUCCUUUUAUUUAUGGAGAUUUUCCAUAUACUUUGCAAUUUGGAGGAUGUGGAGUGAAGGGAAAGUAUGUACAUCUGACGCCCAAUUUCAUGCUCAAUGACAAAGUACUUGAUAUAUAUGGACCCAGAGGGAGAGUGUUUGUCCAUGAAUGGGCUCACCUGAGAUGGGGAGUUUUUGAUGAAUACAACAAUGACAAUCCAUUCUAUAUCAGUAAACAAGGCAAAGUGGAGGCAACCAGAUGCCCUUUGGCUAUAGGUGGAUUAAGUAGAAUUGAUGUUUGCCUUAAUGAUAACUGUGUUAAAGAAAAUUGUGAAAUUGAUCCUGACACUGGAAUCUAUGAAGAGGGCUGUGAAUUUUAUCCCAACAAGGACCAAGACGUUCACGAGUCCAUUAUGUAUAGUCAGACACUGGAUCCGGUGAAUGCAUUCUGUGAUGAAAACAGUCACAACAAUGAAGCACCAAAUGAACACAACAGAUUAUGUAACUACCAGAGCACAUGGGAAGUGAUUAUGCAAUCUCCUGACAUGAAUUCUGCUCCACUAAGUAACCCCAGUAUUGUACCUCCUUCAGUCUCACUGCUUCAGUAUAAGGAGAGGGUUGUCACCUUGGUCCUUGAUGUUUCAGGAAGUAUGAAUGAGCAUAAUCGGAUCUCUCGCAUGUACCAAGCCUCAGAAGUGUUUAUAAUGCAGAUUGUUGAGUCUGGAUCCUAUGUUGGUAUAGUGAUAUUCUCCAGUAGUGCAACUGUGAAAUCGGAGCUGGUAAAGAUAGUUGACACAUUCCAACGGGAAAAAAUGAAAACAUUUCUUCCAAAGACGGCUACUGGUGGUACAAACAUUUGUGCUGGAGUACGUCAGGGAUUUGAGGUUAACAAGAAGAAUGAUGCAAGCACACAUGGAACUGAAAUUGUACUGUUAACAGAUGGAGAGGAUAAAGAAAUCCAAAAAUGUUUUAAUGAAGUGGGAGCCAGUGGAGCAAUCAUUCAUACUGUUGCUCUAGGAGUCAAUGCAGACAAAGGACUGGAACAAUUAUCCAGAAUGACAGGUGGUUUAAACUAUUAUGUUUCGGAUUACAUUGACACAAACGGUUUCAUAGAUGUCUUCAGCAAGAUCACAACCAGUAGCGGUGAUUUCACAGAGAAAUCCAUUCAGAUUGAAAGUACAGCUACAGCAAUUGAUGCAUUCAAAUGCCUGACAGGCAAAGUGACCAUUGACAGCACUGUAGGUAAUGAAACUUUCUUCUUAGUGACUUGGGAAAGUGGGAUCCCCACCAUCAGCUUAACAGAUCCUAAUGGAAAAGUGUAUGAUAAUGGACAAUUUAUAAGUGACAGUGUCUCCAAGUCUACUCGUCUCACAAUCCCAGGCACAGCAGAGAAAGGACAGUGGGAAUACAACAUCUGCAACGAUGAAGUAGCUGCCCAAGUUUUGGGUUUAACAGUAAAUUCUCAAGCUUCUGAUCCCAGAGUUCCACCAAUUGUUGUUGAGCCAUAUAUGAGCACAGAUUCAAGCAGUUUCCCCAAUCCAGUGAUUGUGUAUGCAGUAGUAACUCAAGGAUUUUCCCCAGUUUUGGGGCUAAAUGUUACUGCUAUAAUAGAACCAGAGAAUGGAAAAAUAAGAACCUUGCAACUUUUAGAUAAUGGUGCAGGAGCGGAUAUUAUUAAGAAUGAUGGAAUCUAUUCCAAAUACUUUACAGACUUUAGUGGAAAUGGCAGAUAUGGUUUAAAAGUCCGAGUUGAAAGCAAAAGCAAAACUGCCAAAUUGGCACUGCCAAAAAAUCAGGCAUUAUACCUACCUGGCUAUGUUGAGAAUGGUGCUAUAAUCAGUAACCCCCCAAAGCCAAAAGUUACGACCGAUGAACUAAAUAUAGGGGAUUUUACAAGAACAGCUUCAGGUGCUGCCUUCAGAGUAACUGAAGUACCCUCAGGCCCCCUUCCUGAUGUGUUUAAACCUGGAAAAAUUAUAGACUUGCAUGCAAUCUUUCAAGGCCAGCAAGUUUCAUUAUCUUGGACUGCUACUGGAGAUGAUCUUGAUAAGGGAAAUGCUUCCAGAUACGACAUGCGAAUGAGUCACAACAGGGAGGAAUUAUUGGGCAACUUUGAAAAUGGCACAGUAGUCGAUACAACAGAUCUCAUACCUCUGCCAGCUGGCACUAUGGAGAUAUUCAGUUUUACGCCACAGAAUAUUACUAUUAAAAAUGGUACUGUCCUUUAUUUUGUCUUGGUUGCUAUAGACAAAGUCAAUCAAAUGUCAGAACCUUCUAACUUGGCAAAGGCAUUGUUGUUCAUACCUCCAGAUCCAAGAUCCAAUUCAAAGUCAGGUGCCAUGGUGUUGCUGAUUCUACUAGCAGUAUUCUUUGCCACAGGUGUGGUGGUAUUAACUGUGUAUUAUCUUGUAAGAAAAAAACGCCCAUAUUAAUGUAUUAUGUAUUUUCAGUGAACACAAUAUGUAGAGAAAUAAGGAGAAAGGAGAAAAAUGUGUUUUUUAUAAUUUAAUAAAAAAAUAAAUGUCGA